AUGGAUGAAGAAGCAUGGGUUCAAAGUGACGACCUUUCAGGCUGGCAAGUUAAAGAUUCACUACGAAUUGAUCCUAGAACUAAACCACAGACCACCAGGCACUCCACUGUUCCUCUACCAGGCAGUGUAAUUGAUUACUCAGAGGAGGUACAGGAACAUCCUUCAUGUGUGAUUGAAAGCGUGGUGGAAGACACACCUGAGGAGGAUCAGUUUACCACAUUUGGAGUUUCUCCUGCUGCUGAUAACAAAGCAACUAAGCUGGAGGAAUGUACAACCAAAAAAGUGCCAUACAUUCCAUACAGCUUAGCUACACUGCAUAUCAUCAAGAUUGUAAAAGACAUGCAGCAAAUGAAGAACAGACACAUGAAGAUAAUCAGAAAACUAGAUGAUAUGAGGAAAGAAAAGCAGAACCUAAGAGAAAAAAACAGACAACUGAUCCAAGAGAAUGAAGAUAUUCUUUACGAAAUGAAACAAAGAACAGAGAACUGGAGAAAAGAAAAGGUCUGGAUUAUAGAAAAUUUGUGUAAAAAGCUAGAUUACCUUUAUGCACAGCACAGACUGACUUUACAGGAACUACACAACAUCAAUUUACACGUGGAAAGAUUGCAAGACCUCAUGAAUUUCCAGAUAAAAAAUCUUCAGCAAAAGUCUGAAAAGGCAGGAGGAGAAAAUUCAGAUAUAUCAGAGGUUUUAGUAUUAAAAACAGACCAAGCAGCUGAUGAGGAAAGGAAGACUGACUGGUCAGUGGAAAAGCAAUAUCUUUGGCAAGCACACACCAUCCUGCAAGAGAUACAAGAAUCUUUACAGAAACGAGAGAGGGAAGUCACUGAGCUCUUACAAAGUGAAAGGAGAUUUAACAAGGCAAUGAAACCUCAAGUGACUGUGCUAAUACUCUUGAAAUCUCUUAUUAAGAUGGUUCACACCAUAUAUUGUGAUGUUCCCGGGGCACAGCAAUGCAUCCAUCAGCUUAUCAGGCAGAAUGAGGAUGAAAGACCUGAUCUGGAAGAAGUUUUUAAUAAUGCUCAGGCUGACAUUCUGUCCUAUGAAAUAUUUUGUGGAAAUGAACAUAUGGAUGACACAAGGACACACCUCCCAACAAAGCUUUUCAGAAACAUUGGGAAAGCAGAGUCUGAUUUAGAAUAUGUUGAAACAGAAAAAAUUGUGUUUGAGUGUAUCCGGACAGGAGAAAUCCCCAACUGGAUUACGAGUGAUUGUCUUUAUGUAACCUGGUCAGGUGAGAAAUCCUUUUGUCAAAUCACAGAAGCUUAA